UCAAACUUGAGACUUUCUCGGAACAAAUGGAGACAGUAAACGUGCUGUUUGUGUCCUCGGUGGACUCUAUGGACUAUAAACUGUCCAAAACGGAUAUCCUGAGAGGAUUCAUCGCAGAGAAACUGACAACAGCCGCGCAGGAAAUCUUCGCGGUUGUGGAGAGAACCGUAGCCGGGUACGAGGAGGAGGCUUCGGGUCUGAGGCAGGAGAUCGACCGGCAGAGGAGGCAGCUGGAGGCGGUGCUGCAGCCUCGGGUCUCUCUCUGUAGGAUAGAUGAACCUGAAGACGACGAGGCUGGAGGACGUGGACUCCCCGAGGAGGAAGCACAGCAGACACAUGUGGAGGACUCGGGGAGACGGGACACCUCAGGCUACUCUGAAGAAGAGGAGGAUAUAGAUGAGGGGGAGGAGUCUCCUGAGGAGCCAGUACAGAGCACCAGUCUAGAUAAGGAGGGUCUGUGGGACCCGGGUCAGCAGAUCACAAAUACAAGAGGUCAGUCUGUGAAGAGGAAGUGCAGGAGGCGGAGUCAUCUAAACCUCAGAGUCUGUCUCUUGGAGGACUCCCAGACCAGUGUGCUCACAAAAGGCGUGUUAAAGCGCCCGGUGCAGGAACUGAGGUGUCCUCGAGCCCUGCAGGAGCCCGACUUCCUUGACCUGCUGAAGUCCACCUUCCCUCAACUGCCCGAACGGUUUGAUGUCUUUACCACCGACGCAACCAAGACACUGACGCCACUGAAACUAAAUACACUGACACCAGAGGAUAUCCAAAGGUCCAUUAAAUCCAGAAGGAAAGGAAGAUUUGCCCUUUAUAUCCGAGCACAGAGAAAAGACGAGGCCACCAAUGACACAAGAAAUGAUAAAAACAGGCCACUGGCAAGUUCUCUUGCAGACUGAGUCAGAUUAUCCUCCAGGAUUUGGAGAUAUUUUUCUGCAUUCAUCUUCCUCUCUACCUUUACAAGCCUUCCAGGGCCGGCUGCUACGAAGCAUCCUCAGAGCAUGACGCUGCCACCACCAUGCUUCACGGUGGAGUGUUUGUGGUGAUGUGCUGUGUUUGGUGUUCGCCAAGCAUAGCGUCUACUAGACAUUACCUAUAAGUCUUUCAGUACAGUAAAAGAAAAUACAAUCCCCCAAACAGCUGUCAGUAUCAAAUAAAAAUAAUGUAUUUAAUUUCGACUGUCACUUAUCACUACAUUAAUUACAAAGACAAUCAUCACUGGUGAACCAUUCAAAAGGAGUUUGUAACAAUUGCAUCCCUUACUGCAGGUCCAGACAGUCCCUCAUUCUGAGAUCACCUCCUUAAAGCUAAAAGCUGCUCUCUGAACUCUGAAUGAUCUUUAUUUAAACUACUAUGACUACUGGACAACACUUGCUCAAAAUAUCCACAGUGUAUCUGUGGAU